AUCCAUCUGGAGCAGGUCUGUACGAGGCAGUUUACCGCCAACAGCUAAAUGUCAAACCUUUGGCAAAGUGUGCGCGCCUCCCUGCGCCACUCGGUGCUGAUGGGUGGACCGAGCGGAGCGGAGCGAUAGGGCGCAUUUCUUAAUUUCCCUUCAACGCCGCUUCCCCCCUCCAGCCCUGGACACCACGACGAGACCGCGGGACCGCUGUGUUUCCCGUUCACGCACGAGGAUUGAUCCAAUGUAUUAUUUACGACCGAAACUUCAGCAACUUAUCCACUGGAUAUGGCUCCCGGUUUGAGGAGUGGGCGGACAGGUCACCCCAAAGUGGUGGGAGCCGGCGGAGAGGACCCCGGUGGGCGCUCGCCUCGAAGGACGGAUGCCGGAGGAGAGGGGAGGUGUUUGAGGACCAGGUGGCGAGCCGGAGCAGCGGGGAUGCUUGCAAACUGUCUGCUGUCUGUGGGGAUGCUUUUACUUCUUGUCCGGUGCGCUUUGGCCGCAGAGGAGAAGUCCACCUAUGAUGGCUCCGGCUCCUCGUCUUUACCAAGCGACCCCACAGUCACGGCUGCUGGUGCUCAUGCAAUGGCUGACCUGUCGGUGGCGGAGGAGGUGCCUUUCUCAGUUGUCCAUUCCGAUGGUGACUCAGAGUCUGAGGGGGAAGGUUUAUCAGGGCAGCCUGCCUUUUCUUCUGUCUUAACCGUCAUGGCAGGAACUGUCAAACAUCCAGUGAGCCUGGAUCAAAGUAGAACCUCGCCAACCAUCACCAGGGACGAGACCCACACCACCCAAUGGCCUUCACGUAGUUCCAGCCAGGGCUCAGAGAUGUCAUCGUCGUCUGCAGGAGACAGGAUGCCCCUCGCCAGCUCAGAGGCGGGGACGGACGAGUUAACCGCUGGAACAUCCAGAGCAGAUGCGCUCACUUUCCCCAAAGAAAAAGCGGCCAGUCUAGCCCCCUCUCAAUCAGUCAGAAUUACCCUUUCUGCUGGACCCACCGAGAGGACAUCUCAGGAAUCACCUCUGCCCCCUCGACAGGACACCCCGACAGACUCUGUCCAUCCCGCCACCACUGUAGCUUCAACCACCAAAACCAAACACCCAACCUCUACCAUGUCUUCCCCAAGAGCCACCACUCAGUCUGCCACCAUCACCACACCGCAGCCUGUAACCAGGAGAACAACCACCACCACAACCGUCAGGACUCAAACCAGCAGGAGAGCGUUCACUCCACUUGUCCCCAGAACGAGCCCUCCCAGGGGGUCCACCACCAUCUUUGUUUCCCCUUUUACCACCACCACUGAGGCUCCACCACAGCAGUGCAACAUCACAGAGAGAUUGUGGGUGAAAACAGUUGUUUCCAUCUAUGUGAGGAGAAACAGGCUGGACAGCAUUCAGAGGCAGAACCUACGAAGGGGACUAAGUCAGGGCCUCCGAAAAGCUCUGAAUGACACCACCGCCCAGGCACAGGUGGAGACAGUAUUUGGUUCUCCCAACAUGACAGUGGCUUAUCAUGUGACCGGAGGAGACAUGGUUUACCCUCCUUCUGUCGUGCUGGAUGGCUUGGGCUCCUAUGGUCGAGAUAAGCUGAUUUCAGACCUGCGACAGUACCUCCCUAUGGUAACAGCUCUCCCCCUCCCAGUUGCUUUAUGGAGAUCCAGCCCAGCCACUGGCUUCCAGCUGAAAACAGUGCUGCAGUUUGUGGGAGAAGGCGACGAUCCUCGGUCCUGUCGGUUCUCUCAAAUGAUGGAGCAGAGGCUUGAGAAGGUGUUUUCUGAAGCGCAGGCCAAAGUUCUCAACAGCAACAACAGACUCUCUGUCCAGAUGCUGAGUGUCUCCCAGUCAGCAGGCUCUCCUGCUGUGUCAUUGGUCUACACUGUGAAGAAUGGGACUGUCUUCCUUAAUGGCACCACCGCCUCAAACCUCCUUGGUCAGCUGUCAGCUGAGCUGGUGGGCUACUUCCUCUUCUAUCCACCACUUAUGAUUGCUGAGCCACUGGAGUAUCACAAUCUGAACACCUCCAUUGCUACCAGAGAUUUCUGGGUUAUUACAGUGAUCCAAGAUGUGGAUAACGGCAGCCUGGAGGGACAGUACCAAAGCUUUGCCAGUCUAAUGGAGCAGCGGCUGGCAGAGUUGUUUGUGUUGGCAGGGCAGCAGGGCACUCGUUUCAGACGAGCCACUGCUGUAGGCAGCUACACUGUCCAGAUGGUGAGUAUCCGUAGGGUGUCAGGGUCGAAGAAUCCAGCAGAGAUGACUUACUAUGUCCAGCACAAUGGCAUUCCUUUAUCCGGCACGUCCGCUGCCAAGGUCCUGAACACAGUGGAUUCUCAGACCAUGGCGCUCACCCUGGGCUACUUUGUCCAGCUGCAAGCAGAGCCUGUGGUCAAGAACCCUCCUAAUAAUCUUUGGAUAAUCGCUGCGGUGUUGGCCCCCAUCGCUGUAGUAACACUCAUUAUCAUCAUCAUCACAGCCGUGCUGUGCAGGAAGAAUAAAAAUGACUUUAAAGCUGACGCCAUCGGCAACCUCAAUCCCCGAGCUAAGAUGGCGUAUCGGAGAGAUGUGGGCUAUUAUCACCAGCCAGUCCAGGGUUUUGACUAUGCCAAGCAGCACCUGGGCCAACAGGGAGGAGAUGAGGAGACCCUGCCUGCCAGUCAGGAUACAUUAGUGAUGUCUCUACAAAUUCGGGACACGCCACUUUCACUAGAAAAAGCCCUGCAGCAAGACGGAACUGCCAACAAGAAGAGCCUUACCUCUGACAAACACAAGAGCAAGUUGCCGAGUGAGGACGGUUCCGUCAUCAGCAACGAAUCAGAGAAGCUGAAUUCCGGCAGGGGCUUGACAGUGCUGAAAGUCACAGCACAGCAGAAACUGACAAAGGAGGAGACGCGCAAGAGGGAUGAUCCAUAUGACACCUCCUCUGGCUCCCUGCAGCUCAUUUCCAUAAAGCCCAUGGCUGCUCAGCCCCACUACACACACCCCGCGUCGUCUGACCGCAGCCAGGACUCAGCCAUCGUCAAUGGAGAGGUGAACUUGGCUCUGAAGCAGAAGUCAGACAUUGAGCACUACAGGAACAAGCUGAGACUGAAGGCUAAGAGGAAGGGCUAUUAUGACUUCCCCUCCACAGACGGCAGCAGCAGCAGUCGAGCCGUGGUGCAGAGACAGCGGCACGGCCAUGAGAGGGCAGCCGGUGAGCAUGGCAGACAACUGGAGCCUGAUGAUGAGCGAGGUUCCACUUAUGUCAAGUCUCACAGGAGACACUCACAGGUAGGGCAGACGGCCUAUCGCAGCAGACAGAGUCUGAGCAGUCCCAGUCCUGGAGGAACGGAGAUGGACCUGCUUGUUAUGAGGGAGAGACCCAGGAGAGGCAUCCGCAACAGCGGCUAUGAUACUGAGCCUGAGUUGAUCGAGGAGACGAAUGUCGACCGUCUAAUUGGGCCACGGGCUGCAUACAUGUAUGGCCGGGGCUUGAAAGGCCACUCGGAGACAUCCACUCUGAGCUCACAGCCGUCCAUUGAUGAAGUGCGACAGCAGAUGCACCUGCUGCUGGAGGAGGCAUUCAGCCUGGCUUCAGGGGGGCAGUCCACAUCCGGAAGGCACUCCCAUCACCACAAUCCGCCUCCUGACCACUACAGCCCCGCGCCGCCUCCCCUCCCCUAUGCAGACGUGGUGACCAGCGCCCCGGGUACAAUGAGCUCUGGGCGGGGAGGCCUGCAGUGGGUACCAUCCUACGGCUCAGAAAUAUAUCAAUGCAGCCUGCCCAAACCGGCCUUUCGCUUCACCCAGCUUCCUGAGAUGGCCAUGGGAUCUCCUCCCCCUUUACCGCCUCGCACUGGACCUCCUCCUGGGACCUCCUUAAGACGUUCGACUUCUGACUUGGGGCCUAAGGGAAGGAGCUCAGAGACAUCUGUCAUUGAAAUGCAGAGUCAACAUGACAACAACCCAUAUGGGCCAACAACUAGAGCAGCACUUCCAUCUAUCACUGCAGAGCAGCCUGUGUCCAACUACUCAGGAAACCCAAUAACAGCCGUCUACGCCAUCCCAGCCACCAGGCCCGGCUACUCAGAAUACUUUGUUUCCACACCAACCACCUCCUACCACAGUCCCUCCUGGAUGUCCUAUCCACCUGAACCUGAGGAUGUUCCGCCACAGUGGGCAGACUCUGUGCCCCUGCCUGGGUAUGUAGAGGCUUUUCCUCAUCCUCGCUACCCACAGGGGAGCCCCACCAGGCUAUCCCUGCAAUACAGCCCGGCACUGGAGCAGCCGCCCACUGCUCCUAGCACAGCAUCCCAGCAAAGCCUGCCCCAGGUGGUGAAAAACAUGGACAGCAUGCCCCUGAGCAGCCUCUCCACCUCUGCACUUGUGCAGGCGAUCCGGCAGGAGGUGGCCAAGCUGGCAAAGAAGCAGAAUGACGUCUUUGAGUUCUAGUUUUAGUGUGUGUGUGUGCGGGAGAUGGUUAACUGUGCAUUGGUCUUCAACAGAAGCAUACAAAGACGGUGCUCCUUCAGACUCAUUUUUGAUGUUUGUACUGUAAAAUGGACUUUACCCACUGAUUACCCACUGAUUGAUUUCUUCUCACCGUUGGUGUUUUGCAGCUCCUGACUUAAAGAAGCAGAAAAUAUUAUGUUUUAUUUUUAGAAAAAAACCCUGCCAUCCUCAAUCGAUGAUGUCCCAAGUAACUACAUACAUCUCUUCUUUGUAGAUAUGUCAAUAGGAUACGCUAAAUAUGGAAAAUAUAAUUUUUUCCAAGAUAAGACAUUUUUUUGUGAAUCAGAAUCAAUUGAGAAGAGAGAAAAAGUAGCAUUAUUGUCUGUACUGAGAGGGCCAAAUGCUUCCUGUCAGAUGGUAUAAGUAUAAACCACAGUGUAUAUGAGCAUGUACAGUAUUAGGACAUCAUGUAUCUUAUCUCGUUUUAUAGACCGUUAGCUUCAACAAAAUGGGCUACAUCAGUAUCCGUUCAUUCAAGCAUCCAUCGCACAGCAAACUACCACUUCACAAAUCUUCAGUUUCUUUUAACAUCACAUAAUGACAUAACACUUACAACAAACACUGACUGUCCUUGAUUAUCUAAUGAUUUUUAGAGAUUUAAAGUACUUCCUAGUAAAUAACAAAUGGUCUAAAGAAUAUAUAUAGUAUGUAUCUGCCUUUUUAUGUUCAACUCCUCUUCAGUUGCAUCCAUUGUGAUGUAACACAUAGAUGGAACUGUUUGCCUUUACAACAUAUGCGUCUAAAAUAGAAGAGAAGCUAUCUAUUUGUUUGAGUUUGCACAAAGUAUGUUGAAAUGGUUGAUAAUGAGUGAAUACUUAAAGGGACAGUGCACCCCAAUAUCAAAAUACACAUUGUUCUCUUAUCUGUAGUUCUAUUCAUCAAUCUAGAUUGUUUUAGUGUAAUUUCCCAAGUGUUGGAGAUAUAAUUAGCUGACCUUGUUGUGAGCAGCUUCAUGUAGGAACUAUACUAAAGAGAAAAUAGUCUCUAUGUAAAACUACCUACAACAAUUCAGUGGAUUAUAUUGAGUAACAGGGUUAUGAUUUCACCAGACACCACAGGCACAGUGCCAUAUAGUUCUAUUAUAUCUUAAAGAAGCCUGACAUCUCUAUGACCCAUGUCUCCAACACUUGCAAACUAAAACAAAACAAUUGAGAUUGAUAAAUAGAACUACAGGUUCUUCUACAAGAGAAAAAUAUGUAUUUUUGAUUUUGGAGUGAACCGUCACUUUUAAAACAUUUACGUAACUAUCUAUUUUUUCUUUAUUGAAGAAAACCACAGAAGCACUUUGGCUUUCAGAAACCCACCCGAGAAAGUUAAUUCAUAUUUGCACAGAGUAGCAGUUUUAUAUCUCGCCCAGUGGUUUUAAGAUGCACAGAUGAUUCAAUGCACACAACCCCGAAAACCUUUGUGACAAAACAAUUCUGUUUGCUGCUCGGAGUAGUGCCACAGUUUCUUGUAAAGUUGAACUAUAAAAACUUGUUUACUGGCCUUAAGACAUCUUUAUGGUCUCAAUGGGUGCAUUUCAUGAGUACAAAACAGAGUUCAUGUAAACUAUUGACCUAAUAAGAGGUCCCAGAUCACUACUCCUGUUCUAAGAAGUUAUAAGUGCACAAACCUUUGUGGAACAUUGUGAAUGUCUGCCAGAGAGUCAACUCAGAUUGAGUGUUCAGCACAGCACUUUCGGAAGCAGUAUGCUCAAUGUGAAUAUAUCAGUGUGGAGCAUAAUUGUAUAUAUACAGUAUAUACUGUAGACUGUAUGUAUGCAGUAUAUGUUGUGGAGCAUGAUUACGUCCUGGAAUCAUCCAGUUUGUAAGGUGCAAAGAGCUUAAAUGCUGAGGCAGACACUAAUCUUUGAAAAGCAAAUGUAUUUAUCGCAAAUUUAUUUUAAUUCUUCACAUGAGUCACCAAUGUCAGUUAUGUUUCCAAUCAUCCACACAGGCAUGAGAACAUGACAAAGGCAACCACGGAUAAAAGACAGUAAUUAAGGGUUAGGACCCAGACAUCCAAUGUGAUAGAAAGUGCAAUAUAAAGUGCUGACAGAAUACAGUUCUUUGAUAAAAAUGCAAUUAAAGUACAUGUUAAACAAAAGACAGAGCUUUCAGAAUGCUACUAGAAUAAAGGAGACUCACGCUUCCAGUAGUAUUCCAGCAGCAACAUGAAAGAAGGAGGUCUACUCUUUAUUUCGUGUUAGAUCAAGACAUUCAAGCAUCCGGCUAAUCUUUUUGAUCACAUGCUUUAAUAUCUUGAAGCCGCACUUAUUUGAUCUGAAUCACUUAAUUGUCCACCUUAAACAGCUUUUUCACCUUAUUUUAUUGCCACCACACCAGGGCACUGCACAAAACAAAACUAUAAAGCAUUCAAUAAAACUCCCAUGAAACAAAAGUCAUUAAAUCACUGCACACAUGAAAGCAAUUCAUCUCUCUUGGAAAAGACUCGUACUCAUAUUUCACUGUGGCAUAAAAGCUUUCAAUAGGUUAUGAUGAAUUCUUAAUGCAGAAUUGCUGGCUUGGGGAUGGAAAGUUGGACUGACUGCAGAUGAGUGCAUGUAGGCCUAUAGCAGGGGUGCUGUAAUAUGUUUGCACAAACAUUCAGAUGCUAUAGAUUGCCUACUUUUAAUAUAUUAUUGCAAAUCACAUGGAAUGCUUUGCUGAUUAUUAUAAUCAAUGCUGUCAUAAGACAGAUGGCAGAUGUGACAUAUGAAAGACAACUAUGAGUGAAAAUGCCUUGAAAUCAUUAUUUUCUUUCAUAGAACAGUAUUGCUUCCACAGCAGUCCUGAACGAAUUUACCCUUUUUGCAUUCUGACUUUUGAACGAACCCUCCCCCCGUCGCCCAAGAAAAGUUAUUUUAUACUCAUGCCUGUUGGUGUCUAAGUAGGUAUAAGGAAAUACUGUAUGUCUUAAACUCAACAAGAACUUUGUUGUUGCUUGUUUUCCCGAUAUUCCUUUUACCCAUUAUUCAGAGGAGCACUUAAUGUCUUAAGAACUGUACGAAAUACAGUGAAACCAUUUUUUGUGUAUACCAGAAGUGAACACCUUUCCACAUUCUCAUGCUGGAUAACUGAGAAAACUUAGCAUUCUUAAAUACAAGGGUUUUAGGUUGGUUUAUUGGUUUAGAGAAAUGAGUAUUUAUUCUAUAAAAUGAAUCAUGAAGUGAGCUAAACCUAUUAAAAAAUCUAUGUCUUUUUGUCUUCCUGACUGGUUUCUCAUUUCCUUUUUCAUCUGCUUGAUCUUGUUAUAUUUGAUGUUCCUCAGAGAUUGAUUUGACAGCGAGACUGUGGGGCAGAUGG